AUGUCUGCAGUUGCAGAGUUCCUCCACCUGCCCACGACGGUAGUCCGUCGGGCACCCCGCCUCAGUGCGGGCAUCUCUCAACUCACAAACCGACCGGCCAUGCCUGGAAAGCUGGCAGCCAUUUCCCACGGCAAGCUGCAACGUGAAGCUGCAUCUCAAACCCCCGAUCUUCGUCGCUGCCUAGGCCAUCACAACAUCCUGAUCCGCUGCGUUAAAGCAGCCCAAGAAGACAAUGCCCGAGUCAUGAAAGAGACCUACGAAGAUGAUCCAGAUCUGGCGCCUACAAGCGAAGAGUCAGAGUUUCCGCCCAUCCGAACGCAGAUCACCAACGCUGUCAAGACUAUGAUCACGGACUGGUGCGCGUGGAAGCACAUGGUCCAGAGACGACUAUACGAUCGAAACGACGCGGGGUUCUCGCAACGAUGUUAG